AUGGAAACCUCAGCAAAGAAUUCAACUAAUAUUGACGAAGUAUUCAAGAGUAUAGGUGGGGAGCUCAUAUCAAAUACAUCACCAUUACCAACAGAGCCACCAAAAAUUGAUAAUAUAUCUCAUGUGGAAACUAUCAACAGUCAAGCAUUAUUUAUUGUCGAUAGUAAUGAUCAGCUACUUUCUAAACCAGUUCAACUACUUGAUUAUACUUAUUCAUCAUUACAUAUUUCGGAUUGUGAUCUUUUAACUUUUCUAUACGAUGAAAAGACUAAUGAACAAAUAUUACUUACACCUGAACAAUAUAUAAUUACUAUACAACAAGCUGAAUUUACACCAAGAAAAUUUAUUACAUGUAUUAUCAAUAAAGAUAAAACAGUCAUAUCUGAACCUAUUCAACUAUCUGAUAUUGGAAUUGAAAUACGACAUUCAAUUAAGAAUAUAAUUUCAAAUAGAUUAAAUUUAUUUGAUGGAAAACGACACAAACAGUCUGAUGAUAUUUCAAUCGAUCAAAUUGAAUACAAACGCGAACAAUUCAAUAUGGAUAAUUUUCUUAAUACAAUGAAAUCAUUUUUACAAUUAGCUGAAAAAUUAACUAAGCAUGGAAAAACUCAAACAAUUGGAUCAAUAGAAAUUCAAAAACUUGAAAAUGAUCUUAUUCAACAAUUAACUCAAAUAUCUAUUUAA